AUGGUGGAGCAGGGGCAUCAAAUGACAUUUAAAUUAUUGGACCUCAUGCGGAAGACAGGGUAUCCCAUUGUUCAGCACAAUGGCCAAAGGAAAUUCGGACCGCCUCCCGAUUGGACUGGGCCACCGCCACCGAAGGGUUGCGAAGUAUUCAUCGGGAAACUUCCGAGAGAGAUUUUUGAAGACGAGUUGGUGCCUAUAUUCUCUCGCGUCGGUAAGAUUUAUGAAAUGAGACUGAUGAUGGACUUUUCAGGAUCUAACAGAGGAUAUGCCUUCGUGACUUACGCUACUAAAGCCGAAGCGUCUGCCGCUGUGAAGGAGCUAAAUGGUUACGAGAUUAGCGCCCGACGGUACAUCGGAGUCGUGAAAUCUGUUGAUAACUGCCGCCUUUUUGUAGGCGGUAUACCGAAGACAAAAACCGAGGACGAUAUCCUUCAGGAACUCUCGAAGCGUGUGUCGGGAAUCGUGAAAGUGAUUCUAUACAAGAACGGUCAUGACAAAAGACUGAACAGAGGUUUUGCUUUCGUGGAGUUCACCUGCCACAGGGCGGCAGCGAUGGCGCGACGUGCUUUAGUACCGGGACGCGUCAAGAUUUGGGAUCAAGAGGUGAUGGUGGACUGGGCUGAACCCGAACCUGAUAUUGACGAUGACCAAAUGAAAAAGGUAAAAGUUUUAUACGCGCGCAACUUUCAAAUAAGUACUACCCCAGAAACAAUUAAAUCUAUAUUUGAAUCUGCAAUAAAUGGCAAAAUAGGGCGCGUUAAAAAAAUAUAUGACUAUGCAUUUAUACAUUUCUAUGAAAGAGAGCAUGCUGAGCUUGCUAUGGCGAAAUUACAAAAUGCUGAUAUUGAUGGAAGCAUUAUUGAGAUAAGAUGGGCUAAGCCAGUUGAUAGGGAGUUGUACCGAAUACAAAAGCUGAGCAGAGGCAAUGCGAAAUUUAACAAUAGUCUUGACCUUUCUCAAACUUUAAUGCUUUAUAAACGGCACUUGGAUAAAAAGGAAUAUGCAAAUUCUCCUAAAGAAGAUGAAGGCAUUGGGUCUGCUUGUGCAGGAGAAUCUCCUUGUUGUUCACCAAUGGACUCUAAAGCCACUGGAUGUCCUUCUAUUGCACCUCAACAGAAUUACACUUUGGCUCCAGUUAAGCUUGAUGCAAUGUGCAAGAGAUAUAGGUGGAAUUUACCAAUUUAUAAUUAUCAAAAGUAUGUUGACCCCACUGGUGCUGAACUAUGGGUUUGUACUGUGGAGCUGCCCCAUAUUGGAUUGCCAUUGUUGACAGUACCAAGCCGAAUAGGACCCCUGCGAACAAGGCCCUGUUACUCUAUUGAACAAGCAAAUGUAGAAGCGGCAGAGAUUGCACUGCAUGCUAUUAAGAUGUUGCGUGCAGAUGUUAUCCAGCAGUCUACACCAACUCCUGUUCAGCCAGCCUAUACACCAGUUCUACCCUCGAUUCAGAGCUGUGUGGGUUUUUCCUAUGACUACAUUAAUCCCAUAUAUCAAAGACAACCUACCAUACCUGUUACAAUACCUCUUUGGAGAUAA